CUUAUGUGACCUAAUACUGCAUACUUUAAUGACUAAUGUAUGAUUUGUGUUUAAAAAUCUAAGUAAGGGGUCAUACUACGACUUCUGAUUACAUUUGUAACAAUUAUAAGAAAUCGAAUGACAGUGUGCAUCCUUAUUCAUUAAUUCCGAUUCGGACAUCACUAUAUCUGCCAUUUUUGUCCCGCACAGAAAGUUGUGCGUUUGGUCUUGUCCUUAAAUUUCUUCGAAGUCCCUACGCCACUCAAUUCAAGAUGGGUAGGGAGGACAAGGCUACUUGGAAGACUAACUACUUCACCAAGAUCAUCCAAUUGUUAGACGAGUACCCAAAAUGCUUCAUAGUGGGUGCAGACAACGUGGGCUCGCAGCAGAUGCAGCAGAUCCGUAUCUCGCUGCGCGGGCACAGCAUUGUGCUCAUGGGCAAGAACACCAUGAUGCGCAAGGCCAUUAAGGACCACCUGGACAACAACCCAGCUCUUGAGAAGCUGUUGCCGCACAUCAAGGGCAAUGUUGGCUUUGUCUUCACCCGUGGAGACCUUGUUGAUGUGCGUGACAAGCUGCUGGAGAACAAAGUGCAGGCUCCAGCCCGUCCUGGCGCCAUCGCCCCUCUGUCUGUCGUCAUCCCGGCCCACAACACCGGCCUGGGUCCUGAGAAGACCUCCUUCUUCCAGGCUCUCUCCAUCCCAACCAAGAUUUCCAAGGGUACUAUUGAAAUCAUCAACGAUGUGCACAUCUUGAAGCCUGGCGACAAGGUGGGCGCCUCUGAGGCCACCCUUCUCAACAUGUUGAACAUCUCACCCUUCUCGUACGGUCUUGUCGUCAAGCAGGUGUACGACUCUGGCACCAUCUUCGCGCCGGCCAUCCUGGACAUCAAGCCUGAGGACCUUCGUGAGAAGUUCUUGGCUGGAGUGGCUAAUGUGGCGGCUCUGUCGCUGUCCAUCGGAUACCCGACCGUGGCUUCUGCACCUCACUCCAUUGCCAACGGAUUCAAGAACCUGCUGGCCAUUGCAGCCGUUACAGAAGUGGAAUUCAAGGAGGCCACUACCAUCAAGGAGUUCAUCAAGGACCCGUCCAAGUUCGCCGCGGUGGCCGCAGCAGCUGCCCCCGCCGCCGCCGCGCCGGCUGCUGACAAGAAAGCCGAGGAGAAGAAGGAAGAGAAAGAGGAGUCUGAGAGCGAUGACGACAUGGGUUUCGGUCUCUUUGACUAAACCAGCAAUCGCCGGUUGAGCCCCGUGGCCGCGUCUCGCACUCGCUGUGACGGGCACGUCAACGCCGCCGGGACGGACAACCCAUAUGGCGGCUGACAACGUCUGUAGCAUCGCGUGCUUGCAAUAAAGCCACUUGAUAAUA